GGAAAAUCUGCUCCUUUGGACGCAUAAGAAUAGAAAGUUGACACUGCCGCUGGGACACCGGGACAUACUUAUGUCCAUCCGAACCUGACCUUCCCGCCAUCUGACGGACAGUGCAGGAGCUGAGCCGAAUAAUUCCGGUUGCAUCCGCAUACAUAUAUGCAGCCAGGCAACUGGAUGCGAUUAUUAUUGGAAAAUAUGGCUUUGUCCGGAUACAAAAGCGCUACGACAUCGGAAAAAUCGCAGCUAUUGGAAUACAUGUACCGUACAUGUGCAGCUGAACAUCCCAAAACGACAGAUAGCGCGCGUCAACCGCUACAAAACGCCGAUGCUUAUCACAAGCAGCAGGAGCAGAUGUUUAAAAUCGAUCAGCCGUUGCUGCUGCUGAUAUACGCCGGCUACUGUUGCGCACCCCGGCAAUACAUGGCCGUUUUUCCGCAUGGCUGUACAUUGCGUCAGAAACGGAAAACGACCUGCCGUGCUUCCCAUAACAAGCAUUAAGAAUCAGGGAAUGCCAUGCGCCUGAUCAUCAAACACGCACAUUUGGUCAAACAGUAUUUGUUAUGGCUUCAGUGAUUUCUGGGUAAACUUAUGCAUUUUAUCAGUUUUUAUGUAAGCAACACU